GCGCACCCCCAGGUCUCCGCACCGAUCCCGCCUCCAGCCGGUGCCCUGCAGAUCCGGCCCGACCCAGGCGCCGGCAGUGACUCAGCGCGGGGAGGGUGGCGACUCGUUGGCACUGGAGAUUCGAACUGUUCUGGGCCUUGAACGCCGGGAUGAGUGGCGUGAACGAGUGUCUUCGGAGCUGGUCGCGGGACACCAAGAUGCCUGGCGAACAGCAGACACCGAAGGUGGAGGAGGAGGAGGAAGAGAUGCAAGAGGAGAUGGUGCUGCUGGUGAAGGAUGAGGAGGAUGAGGGUGAGGAGAAGUAUGAGGUGGUGAAACUCAAGAUCCCCGUGGACAACAAGGAGCAGGUCCCGAGCAAGGCCGCAGCGCACUUCGUCUGCACCGAGUGCGGCCAGCGCUUCUCCCAGAAGUCGGCGCUGACCAAACACGGCCGCAUGCACACGGGCGAGCGGCCCUACAAGUGCCCGGAGUGUGACAAGAGCUUCUCCGCCGCUUCGAACCUGCAGCAACACCGGCGGCGCCACACGGGCGAGAAGCCCUACGUGUGCACGCAGUGCGGGCGCCGCUUCUCCAACCUGGCGGAGCAUUCGCGCACGCACACGGGCGAGCGGCCCUACCCCUGCACCGAGUGCGGUCGGCGCUUCCGCCUCAGCUCCCACUACGUCCGCCACCGUCGUGCGCACGUGCUGCACCGUUGCUAUAUCUGCACUGUGUGCGGCCAAGACUUCAAGCUGCCCCCCGGCGCUACGGCCGCCAGCGUCAGCGAGCGCUGCCCAGGGUGUGAGAGUAGGUGAGCCCCCUUGUCGCUGCGGCUGCUAGUGUCUGGCUGAGGAGGCGCAUGCCAGGGCCCUGACCCCCAGGGGCUGGACUAACUGGACAAGGACUGCAGGACCCUGGUCUGGGAAAGGGUGGGGUGGCAGAACUGGCUGCCCGGGACCUGGGAGACAUGGCAAAUCCCCUACUGGGAUUUUUGGGAACAGUGGCCUCUCCCACUUCAUUACAAAUCCUCCACCCGUGUUAGUGAAUAAAGUAUUAUAUCCUGGCGCA